GCGUUCCCGUGAGACAUGGGCGUGUUUGUCAAUGGCGAACUGUGUUCCCAGCGGCAGAUGCUGCUGCUGCCUGCCCAGCUCCUGCGCGGAAGAUUCCUCCGCCCACAGGCGCCUCCGUCCUGGGGUGGGGAGUGUGUGGAGGUCCUGUACGACAGCCCCAAGGCCAGGCAGGAGGUGGAGCAGCACUGGCAGGCGUCGGGCGGCCCCCACAUCGUGCGCAUCCUCGACGUGUACGAGAACAUGCACCGCAACAAGCGCUGUCUGCUCAUCAUCAUGGAGUGCAUGGAGGGUGGUGAGUUGUUCAGCAGGAUUCAGGAGCGUGGCGACCAGGCUUUCACUGAGAGAGAAGCUGCGGAGAUCAUGCGUGAUAUUGGCACCGCCAUCCAGUUCCUGCACAGCCAGAAUAUCGCCCACCGAGACGUCAAGCUCACUCGUGCUGCUGCGGCCACGCGGGUCUCCUCGAUGCCUUCAAACUGUGACCCAGUAGCUGCAAGCCUAGCUGAGUGCCUGCUUCAAGCCGACCCCUGUCUUCUCUGCCUGGCCCAGCCCGAAAACCUGCUCUACACGUCCAAGGAGAAGGACGCGGUGCUCAAGCUCACCGACUUCGGCUUUGCCAAGGAGACCACCCAGAACGCCCUGCAGACACCCUGCUACACUCCCUAUUACGUGGCUCCUGAGGUCCUGGGUCCGGAGAAGUAUGACAAGUCAUGUGACAUGUGGUCCCUGGGCGUCAUCAUGUACAUCCUCCUGUGCGGCUUCCCGCCCUUCUACUCCAACACGGGCCAGGCCAUCUCCCCGGGCAUGAAGCGCAGGAUCCGCCUGGGCCAGUACGGCUUCCCCAACCCCGAGUGGUCGGAGGUCUCCGAGGACGCCAAGCAGCUGAUCCGCCUCCUGCUGAAGACGGACCCCACGGAGCGCCUGACCAUCACGCAGUUCAUGAACCACCCCUGGAUCAAUCAAUCCACGGUGGUGCCGCAGACCCCGCUGCACACGGCCCGAGUGCUGCAGGAGGACAGAGACCACUGGGAUGAAGUCAAGGAGGAGAUGACCAGUGCCCUGGCGACCAUGCGCGUGGACUACGACCAGGUGAAGAUCAAGGACCUGAAGACCUCGAACAACCGGCUCCUGAACAAGCGGAGGAAGAAGCAGGCGGGCUCCUCGGCCUCGCAGGGCUGCAACAACCAGUAGCUCCCGGGCCUCGGAGCCUGCGGGUCGGACUGCAGGGGCUGAGGCCCCGACACAGAGGGCCCAGGUCAUUUUUUUUUAAACACAAGGACUAUUUUGUGGUGUU